AUGUGUAUCGGAGGAACAAGCAUUUCUGAUAUGGCUCGUUCAGAUGAGAUGCUAGAUCGUAGUUUUAAACCACAAACUAUAGAAAUACAUCAGCACCUGCUUGAAAAUACUCAGGUCAUGCUGCUGUCUGCUACUAUGUCAAAGGAAAUUUUGUCUACUGCACAAAGUAUAGUGAAUGAUUGUUCUCCAAUAGUGAUUAAAAAUGAUGAAUCGCUUUUAAAUGGGACUAAACAGUUUUACAUAAUUGUGGUGAGUAAAGCAAUAAAAUUGGAUCUUCUAAUCAAAGUACUUCAUAAAAUGAAUGGGAAGCAAAUUGUCGUUUUCAUGCAUUCUGUUAGAAAAGCUUUAAAUGUAUACAGAAAACUAGUCGGCUUACGAUUUUCAGUGUCAUGCGUCUAUAACAGGAUGAAUCGAGAAGAACGUAGGCGUAUAAUGAAUGAGUAUCGUAGUGGGAAAGUACCUAUUUUAUUAUCAACUUAUCCUCUGGCAAGGGGUAUCAAUGUACCACAAGUUUCAGUGAUUGUCAACUACGAAUUAUCUUGUAGUUAUAAAAAGUACGUUCACAGAAUCAGUAGAGGGCACAAUUGUGGUGAUAUGAGGAAAGCUAUUAGUUUUAUUACCGAGUCAGAAAUAGAAGUUGUUAAAGAUUAUCAGCAGUAUCUAAACACAGAAAUUCUUGAGUUAACCAAUGGGAUAGAUGAAUUUUUGCAGCAACUCUAA